GGAGGCUGCAGUCUUCCUGAAGCAGACGGGAGGUGGAUCUUUCUCUCUCAGUCACGAUGUUCACUACUGCUGCUGUAGGAGUGCGAGGACUCGUCUCAGGCUGGUGAAGAAUGGAGGUCUUCAGGACUGUGGUGGUCCUUCAAGCUCUCGUCUGCUGUGAAGCACUUCAGAAUUUCACCACCCUAAAGCCCACAGACCGUGAGGAGCGUGGGGAAGAGAUUCAGCUGUUCGUAACUCAGGGUUUCAGGCCAUGCUCAUGGACGAUGACCUCUCCAGGCGAGAAUGGGAGUUGGCCUGUGUUCAGGAAGCCUCUGCAGCCCCUCGCUGCUGCAGUGUGUGAGAGUCUGGGCUGUGGGAAAGUUUACCAGCUGAUGGAGAAAUCUGCAGACCCCAAUUCAACCUGCCUCACAGGCUGCAGCGUCCGCAACAGCAGUGUGAUCAGCUGCAGCCGUGCAGCUGCGGCAGACUGCAGCGUCGUAUCUGAGGUCAUCUGUGACGCUCUGUACGUUACUCCGGGGUCCAGGCACUGCGUCUGGACCCUCCGGUCACCGAAGGCUGAACUGAGCGUUACUCUGAGUGAAGAGGCGGUGCAGAGAUUACCCGCUGAGAUCUGUCUGAGUCUGGGCUGUGGUAAAGCAUUUCACCAGAAGACGAUCAGAGCACCAGCUAACAGUACCUGUCUCACUGACUGCACCUACGACAGCUCCCGCCUGCGGAACUGCUCCUCUGUGAUCAGCAGUAACUGUUUAGUGCUUUCAGAAAUCAUCUGCGGUAACAGCCAGGUGCGGCUGGCUGGAGGAAGUUACCGCUGUGAUGGGCGAGUGGAGCUGUGGCGGGAGGGGCAGUGGGGCACGGUGUGUGAUGACGGAUGGGAUAAACAGGAUGCUGAUGUGGUUUGUGCUCAGCUGGGAUGUGGAAGUUCUACCUCGGUCUUGGUGCAGGGCAGACCGUACGGUCAGGGUAAAGGACCGAUACUACGGGACGAGCUGAACUGCACUGGAGAGGAGAGCAGUCUGUGGGAGUGUCCUGCAGUGAUGGGCGACCACGACUGUGGACAUAAAGAGGAUGCUGGAGUGGUGUGUUCAGAAUACACUUUAAGACUGACCGGAGGACGGGAUCGGUGCUCAGGGAGAGUGGAGGUGUAUCGUGAGGGAGCGUGGGGGACGGUGUGCGAUGACCUCUGGGAUAAAGAUAGUGCAGCGUUGGCCUGUUCCAUGUUGAACUGUGGGGAUGCAGGACAUUUCACAGGUCUUAAAGAGACAUUUACUCACAUUAAUGGAACACUCUGGUAUUACAGCUGUUCAAAGACUGAUACAAUCCUGUGGAACUGUGAAGAGAGGCAGAUCCCUGCAGCCAGCCAUAUAUGUGAUAAUAAAGCUGCAGGAGUGAUUUGUGCAAAAUCUAUUGAAUUCUUAGUACCCUCCACCACAAAGGCAACAACACCUGUAUUAACAACAGUGGAAAUGACCACACCUACACCCAAAAGCCCCUGGUCUCUGGAACUGCUGGGCUGCAUCAGUCUGUCCUCGGCUCUUCUGAUCGCACUUAUCAUGAAUUUCAUCCUGUGUUGCUGCGCAAAGAAAAGAAAAGCUCAUACAGUUCAGCAGCAAUAUCCCAACCUGCAGAACACAGCAGAACCUGAGGAGAACAACUACCGAGAUUCCGUCCACCUUGUUAAGGUCACCAACAAUGACCACACCUCCAACGCUCAGAGAAUACCUCCUCCGAUGUGGACCCAGAGUAGCAUCGAGAGCGGCUCCUACGACACAGACUACGAACCGAGCGACAGCGGCCCCGACUCCUCCUUCCCCUUAUCCACCUUCCGCAAUUCUAUGCGGUACAGUGCGGAGGGCCGAACCCCAGGAUUACACAACACCAACCUGCAGAGUGUGACUGAGGAGGAUUCAGGGGGUCCUGGUGAUGCUGCAGUGAUGAGAGGAUACCAACAGCCCUACGUGCCCAAUGGUGCAUUUCAAGGUGUCGCUGCAGCCCCGAGUGAAGACUCAUUCGAGACCUCCAGCACCUCGUCAGGAGAAUGUUAUGAGAACACAGUCCCCUGCAACGCUGAGAAUUAUGAAAAUACUGAGGAAAACAGAAGUGACCUACAAACUGGAAUGAAACCGCCUCACCCUGUCUUGACCAACCACAUUACAGAGAACUUCCUGAAUCAGACAGAGGAUGAUUCACAAGGGUUGGUGAGGAAGCUGAGCAGUGGAGAAGAUUCUCCGAUAUAUUCUCCCGUCAGCGCCGAUAUGGACCUGUACUCUCCCGUCAGCACCAGAACAGACCCCUACUCCUCCGACAGCGACUACGACGACGUGGCUUAUAUACAUAGAGCUGAUCAAUAACCUGAACCAGAACAUAAAACUCCUGUUUUACACUGAAACCUGAGAAGCACACAUUCACACUCUAUACUACCUUUAAUUUCUAUACUACCUUUAAUUUCUAUACUACCUUUAAUUUUUAUACUACCUUCAUUUCUAUACCACCUUAAAUUUCCACAUGACCUUUUUCACACUCGUUUUUUUUUCUUAACUGUGUCUAAAUCCUAUAGAAGCCUAUUCAUGUCUCUGUUUCUAUCAGCUGUUCGUCAAAAUCUAAAUUCUCUCAUUUACUGCGCUACAGUGUUAAAUAAUGAAAAUAAUAUUUUCUCACAUUAAUUGCUAUUGUUGACUUAGUAUCUUGAAAUUCUGGAAAUAAUGAUUAAAUCAUUAUUUGGUACCACUUUAUACGUAGUUUAUAAAAGAGUUUAUUACUGUUAUUAAUUAGGUUAUAAUCCAUUAAUAAGCAGUUACAGCACAUAAAUAUACGGAAUUCCACACUCAUUUAUACUGUUAAACCUCACUGUUAUACUGUUAAUAACACAUUAAAUGACUAUAUUCUUUUAUUAGAUAUGUUAAAGUGCUUAUUAAUAUUAUUAAAGCAUUUACAACCUAAUUAAUAACCAUUAGUAAACUCCUUUAUAAACCCUUAUACAGGAGCCUUAUUUUAAAGUGGUACCCCUUAUUUUCAUAUGUAAAUAUUAUCAUUUUCUAAUAUCUCAAAGCUUCAAAGUUCUAAGUAAGUUAUCAAUUCAUUAGUAAUUAUUUAUUUAGAUCAUUAUCAUUACCAAAGUGGGAAUUACCUUCCAUAACUUCAUCACACAAUAAAAAAGAGAACAAACAAGAGAAGCAACUUUCUUAUUUAUUAUAUUACUGCACAAAAACAUGCUCAUAAUUCAGCGCUGGUACGGUGCUUUAUAUAUAAUAUCGCUACUGUCUAAUGAAAAAUAUGUUUCCAAAAAUAUUUCCAAAAUAGUGACUUUACAGGAGAAUACAAAAAUGUUCUUAGCUUUUAAUGAAAUUCAAUGUAAAAUAUGAAUAAUUUUAAAGCAUAUCUAUUGGCCAAUAGAUAUGGAUUAUUAACACAGUAUACAGAGCAGAUACACAUUUUAAACAAUGGUGAAAACUAAAAAGGACAAUGGACAAAAAUGGAGAUACCUGUUUUUCAUUGGACAGCAGCGAUGUGUAAAUCUGCAUAUGUAAAAUCGAUGCCUGUUACAGUAGCAAUGGCAGACUGUGAAAUUAAACAUUUUCAAAAUAAAAAUCUAAAAUGUGAACUGUAUUUUUGUAAAUAAACUUUGGUAAAAUUUGGAAA